AUGGAACCAAGAAACCAAACACAUGUUUCACAAUUUAUCCUCCUGGGGCUUUCAGAAAAGGCUGAAUUGCAGCCGUUACUUUUUGGGAUUUUCUUACUCAUGUAUCUGGUCACUUUCAUCGGCAAUCUUCUCAUUAUCCUGGCUAUAAUUACCGACUCUCAUCUCCACACACCCAUGUACUUCUUCCUCUCUAAUCUCUCUUUUGCAGACAUCUGUUUCACCUCCACUACCAUCCCAAAGAUGCUGCUGAAUAUCAAGACACAAAGCAAAGUCAUAACCUAUGAAGGCUGCCUGAGUCAGAUGUAUUUUUUUAUGCUCUUUGGAGGAUUAGACAAUUUUCUCUUGACAGUGAUGGCCUACGACCGAUUUGUGGCCAUCUGUCACCCGCUGCACUACAUGGUCAUCAUGAACCCCAAAAUCUGCUGCCUCUUCCUUCUGGAAUCUUGUUUAGUGAGUGCUCUGGACUCUCUAUUGCAGGAUUUAAUGAUUUUGAGAUUGUCUUUUUGUACAGAGUUGGAAAUUCCCCAUUUUUUCUGUGAGCUUUAUCAAGUAAUCCAACUUGCUUGUUCUGACACCUUCCUCAAUGACCUGCUGAUGUAUAUUGCAAGUGGAUUUCUGGUUCUUACUCCACUCAUUGGUAUCAUACUAUCGUACUCUAAGAUUGUAUCCUCCAUAUUGAGAAUGUCAUCAGCUGAGGGCAAGCAUAAAGCCUUUUCUACUUGUGGGUCUCACCUCACAGUAGUUGUCUUGUUCUAUGGGACAUUUCUUGGGGUAUAUCUUAGCUCAGCUGCUACCCAAAAUUCCAGAGAAAGUGCGAUAGCCUCAGUGAUGUACACUGUGAUCAUACCCAUGCUAAACCCAUUUAUCUAUAGUCUUAGAAACAAGGAUAUGAAGCAGGCCCUAAAAAAACUCUUCCACUGA